GUCUGAAGAAACCCGCAGAAACUGGGAAAGUUCUAAAACCCUAAAAUGAGGAGAGCCUGUAUCGUGGCGUGGAAGCUUCGGCCUAUCUUGAAGCAGAAAGUGCGGCGAUUGGAGCUUGCCGGGUUUCUUCACUGUUCGAGUUUUCAGAGGCAGUGCUGACGCUAGCAGGCAAGUUCUAAUCCCCUUACCUCCGCUGUUGCUAAUAAUCAAGGCUCCAUUUGGAAAUAGCUACCGAAAUGUUCAAGGGCCUCCGCUCCCUGAUUCGGAAGAGCACUUCGCAUUGUCGUCGGCUCCCGCUCUCGUUUUCAAUCUCCCUCUUCUCCUCCACUCCCUCCAAACACGCUAGUUCCAGUCCUUCCAUUAAAAUGUUCGAUUACUUGCUCACUCGACAGAAUUUCUCCCCAGAGGCUGCUGAGAAAGCCUCGUCCACCGUUAAGCAGGUCAGAAAUCUCCAACGGGCAGAUUCUGUAUUGUCGUUCUUUAAGCAAAUUGGUUUUUCCCAGAAUCAUAUUGAAGACCUUGUCGGAAGAUUUCCUGAAGUUCUCUCCGCCGGCCUUGACAACGUUCUAAGACCCAAAAUCAAAGUUUUCCUGGACUUGGGCUUCAACCCCGUUGAUAUGGCUGAUCUUCUAUCUAAUGAUCCAUUGCUUCUCAGGCGGAGCGCCGAAAAUCGACUCAGGCCGUCACUGACGGUGUUGUUGAAUAUUUUGGGUUCAACCGAAGAAGUUUGUAGGCUCUUAAAGUUAUCUAAUUGGUUUCUGAAACAAGAUAUAGAGAAGAUUAUGUUGCCCAAUAUUGAAUACUUGAAAGGUAUUGGAAUAUGCUCUUCACAAAUUGUUAGAUACUUAUUCCACUACCCUAGGUUUUUCCUACUUAAACAGGAGAGCAUAUCGGUAUACGUGAGCAGAGUAGAUGAGAUGGGCUUUGAUAGGAAAUCCAAUAUGUACCUUCCUGCCAUAAGAGUAAUAAGUUCAAUGUCUUUAGAGAGAUGGCAUUUGAAGCUGAAUGUGUUCCGGAGCUUGGGGCUUUCUGAAAAUGAUAUUCUAGUUUUGUUUAGGAGGAUGCCCAUUGCAUUUGCUGUAUCCACAAGGAAAGUUCAGGAGGUGACGGAGCUGCUACUUAGUUCAGGAAAGUGCGAUAUGUCAUAUAUAGUUUUGCACCCAGAGUUGCUUUAUGCAGCGUUGAACGCAGGUUGAAACCUCGUCUGCAAAUUAUGGACAUCUUGGAAAAGAAACAAUUGCUACGGAAGAGACCCCCUUUGGUUACAAUCUGUAGGCUUUCCAAUCAAAGGUUUUCGAAAAGGUUUCUUUCACCUUAUUCACUAGAAGAACUAAACGCGAGUAUGGGAGCUCAUGAAUUAUUGAAUAGCUUUAGUUGAUGUCCAGUCGAGAGGAAAAUGACUUGUUGAGCAAGAUCAGGUGUUGGUCCGCUCCCGCUGACGGGAACUGUUGCCUGCUGGCCAAACUCUAGUGGAAGUUUUGGUGCAUAAUGCAUUGAUGUUCGCUUGUACCUCAUGUUUUAAAGCACGUUUCCCUGGUGAAAUCACUCUCAGUUUAAGUUCAUUUCGGAUUUUAAUCAAAGUACAUUGUUGAGUAAACUGUAACAGUGUAAUCAGGUAUCUGAAAUUGUUCAGGUUAUUGGCUUAAUUUAUAUAACGUAUACUGUUUACCUGACAAUAAUUUUCGGUAUCAAUAAAAUUGGAACCGUGAUCACAA